AUGCCGAUGAGCGUAAUCCGUGACAACGAGUUCAGCUUUCAAAUUCUCGCCCCUCUAGGUCUUUCCAUCUAUGGUGGCGCAGAUAUAGCUCCAUUACUCGGCGUUGCUAAAGAUAUCAAGGCUGGCGACAUGGCAGACUUCAGCGAUAAAUUUCAGGCACUCGCAAACCACACCAAGUUCCAGGCGCAAACGAUUGAGCACGAUCCUGUUAAUGCUCGCGAAACAUGGUUCGCAGCAGCAACCUACUAUCGUAUUGCCGACUUCUAUCUCCACGGCAAUUGGAGUAACCCACUCAUCGAUAGCCUUUGGAUCGAACAGACCGCUGCAUUUGAUAAGGCCAUUGCCGCACUUCCGGUACCCGGCCAGCGAGUGCAAAUUCCAGCCUCGGACGGUAGUUUCAUCGUCGAGGCGAUUUGGUAUGCUGCAUCUGCGGAUAAUUGUACUAAGCGACCUACCCUCAUUGUGGGCAACGGCUACGACGCUGCUCAAGAGGAUUCUUACCAUACAUUUUGUACUCCAGCCUUGGCGCGAGGGUGGAAUUGUUUGACCUACGAGGGUCCAGGUCAGCCUACCGUGCGCCGUAAUCAGAACAUAGGAUUUAUUCCAGACUGGGAGCGCGUGCUCACGCCAGUGGUCGACUAUCUUCUAUCAGGAAAAUCAGAUGCGGUUGAUGAAGCACGACUCGCGCUUGUGGGCUUCUCGAUGGGUGGCUAUCUUGCUGCUCGAGCAGCGGCUUUUGAGCCUCGUCUUUCUGCUGUACUCUUGGAUGGCGGUGUAUGGGAUGUGCACGAGGCCUUCACGGCACUACUAUCCCCCGAUCUACUUGAUCUGUACACCUCAGGCAACAAGAGUGCAUUUGACGAUGUUGUCAUAUCGGCACGCGAAGCUGGUCAGCUCCCUACAACCGUGGCUUGGGGUAUUGAUCAAGGUUUGUGGACAUUCGUCACACGCUCACCGUACGAUUUCCUUGAGAAGACCAAGCAAUUCACGCUCGAGAGCGUGGUGGAUAAAAUCAAAGCGCCAGUCUGGAUCGCCGAUGCUGAGUUCGAGGGGUUCUUUGUGGGCCAGGCAUCGAAAGUUAAGGCUGCAUUAGCUGAACGAGCAGAGUUCCACCUAUUCACAGGUGUAGCAGGUUAUCAUUGUCAAGUUGGUGCUGCACAGGAACUGACAAGAACGAUGUUCGCGUGGUUGAACAAAACGUUAAAGAUACACCGAGGGUAG